GGCUUUUAUGAUGAUCAGCGGUUCACUGUUCAUGCAUUAAAAGAUGGAUUUAGAUAUAAGUCAAUUUCUGCAGAGACAAGAUAAUGAACUAAACUACAACACAGACUUUAUAAAAACAAACUGGAGUGGGCUUUCUGAAAAUGGAGUUGAAGAAUUGGGCGAUUCAUUUGCCAAGGAGGAUGGGUGUUUAUUUGAAGAUAUGGGUGAUAUUCUUGAAAAUACCAGUUCAACAUUUAAACACACAUCAGAACCAGAAAAUGUUAAUAUAGGAUCAGAAGAUUCUUGUGAAUGCAUUGACAUUGAUUUAGACUUUCUUAGUAGGUCACAGACAGUAAAUGGUCUACAUUCUUUCGACAAUAACAGCCCCAAAGAGAACAUUAUACACAUUUCGGAUGACAGUGAAACUGAAAGUGAUUGCUAUGUGACUGCUACACAACAUGAACAAGUACAAAGCAGUGGUAAUGAUUUAAUUGCUAGAGAAGUGGCACCAGUAGAACAACAAAAAUCAAAUAUUCAAAUUUACUAUCAACAAGAUGAACAAGGAAAUGUGGGCAUGUUUUUGUGUGUCCAAGAUAAAUCUCUGGUUGGAACUGCUAAUCUUGGAACUGAAUUAGCUUCAAAUAACUCAGAAAACAGUGAUGUGGUUCAAAGUCAAAAUAUCAGUGAAACUUUUCCUCAAUUGAUGAAUGACAGUAAUGUGCUAGGACAAACUGCUGUUGAACCUUUGGUAACAAAAGGUCUUAUCAAUGAGGGAGUUGUUAAUCUGUGUGAAAACAGUCAUUCAACUCCAGCUACAGAGAAAGAAGGCACUUCUGAACCAAACACAACUAAAAAUGCAAAGAAGAAGAAGUUUCCCAAGCUUUUUGGAGCUUUAACAGAGAAUUGUCAAUCCCCAACCAAACUUGUUAAAGCAAAUCAAUCUGAAUCUCCCACUACAAGUUUAACUGUUCUUGUUCCACAGUCUGAAAAAGUUCCUGAACAACUUGAGAACUUGUCAAAUCCAAGGGAGGAGGAGGAUAAUUCUUGUAUAAUUGUUCAAACAUCUGGGCUAGAAUGUCCAAAGGAGAAGCCAGUAGAAACUUCCAAAUCACCAAAGGAGUUUCCGACUGUUAUUCAAAUUUUAUCAGAAAAGGCUCCAUUAAACUCAGAGACUGUUCAAACUGUCUUGCUUAGAAGCAUUUUAACAGAAACCAAGGAAGAUGAGGAAAUAAAACCAAAGAAAAGAAGGACCAGACAACGGGGAUUGAAGUCACAGACUGUUAACCAAAAUACAAAGAAACUCUUGAAGAAAAAAAUCAAAAAGGAACUGGUGCAAAUACUUCCCAAAGAACAUUUCACAAAUAAAAUUGGUUUCGUAAAGGAUGAAAUGGCUAAUCCAUUAAAAGAUCCAAGUUUAUCUGCCCCCAGACUUCCUGUGGGUCUGUACAAAGAUAAAAAUAACUCGCAAGAAGAGGAACAAGAGGAAGCUGUGGACAUUUCUAAACCCUGCAGCUGUAACAUCUGUGGCAGGGUGUUUCUGAAAUAUUCCGACUUGGAAAUGCAUGUCCGUGGACAUCUGGGAGAUCGGCCAUAUCAGUGCAAUUUGUGCGAACGAAGUUUCAAACAUAAUUCAAACCUGCAACGUCACAAGAGAGCUCACACAGGUGAAAAGCCUUAUAUCUGUACACUGUGUGAGAAAUCAUUCAUUGACUGUACACAGUUACGUAAGCAUAUACGUACCCACAGCAGUGAAAAGAGUGAUUUCUGUAAAAUUUGCAAGAAAGGCUUUGUGUCAAAAACAAAUCUGAAACAGCAUAUGUUGACACAUCUUGAUGAUAGACCCUUCAAAUGUGAAUUCUGCAACAAAGGGUUCAAUAAAAAUGCCAAUCUCAAAGGCCAUUUAAAAGUUCAUCUCGGGUACAAACCAUGGGUAUGUGAUGUAUGUGGUAAGGAAUUUCCUGAGAAAAAUCGCCUAAAAAUGCAUGAGAGAAUUCACUGGGAGGACAAACCAUAUAAAUGUGACCAGUGUGAUGCUCAGUUUGCCCAAAUCUCCAACUUAUAUGUACACCAAAGAAAGCACAAGGGAGAUAAACCUUGGAAGUGUGGUCAGUGUGGAAAGUGUUUUAUGAUGAAGAGCCACCUGACACAGCAUGUUAAAAGACACACGGGGGAGAAACAGUUCCAGUGUGCUGUUUGUCUGAAGGAGUACUUUGGCCGAGGAGAGUUCAACAGACACAUGCGAACCCAUACAGGAGAGAAAAACCAUGUAUGUGAAAUCUGUGAAGACCGUUUUAUCGACAAGGCAUCACUUAAAAUGCACAGACGGAAAGUUCAUGAAAAUAUUAGGUUUCACUGUAAAAUCUGCAAUAAAGAAUUCCACUUUAAAUCCAAUCUUAGACGACAUGAGACAAUCCACACUGGUGUAAAAAAUCAUUUCUGUAAAAUCUGUGAUGCUGGGUUUCUGUUUCAAGUGGAGUUAAGGGACCACAUGAACAAACAUAUGGGAUUCAAGCCACAUACCUGUGAUGUGUGUGGUAAAAGUUUCUACAAAGUUUCAGAGCUCAACCAACACAAGAAAAUUCACACAGGAGAGGAGAUGAUUUACUGUGAGUGCUGUGAUAAAACAUUCAACUACAAACAGUCCUAUGCUAAGCACUGCCAGUCAGAGAGGCAUGCUCGGAACCUCAAAGGAGAAGGCAAAAAUGUGUCUCCAGUUAAGAAGGAAGGAAAAUCUAAUGAGGAAACUACAAAUAAAGGAUCAGAGUUAGAGUCCAAUGAUGAGGGUGAGGAAGACAAUCUGUCAGGAGUAAAUAAUUCUGAAAAUUCUACACAGAAAACAGACAUUGAGGAAAAUACCCAACCUGGAGAUCAGGUGUCAAACUACUAUGAACUAAAUCAUUAGUAUUUUAAAAUGUUAUAAUGUUUGUUUCCAGCAAAUUAUCUUUAGCUCAUGUAAACUCUCAUUUAAUGGGGUCAUGAUUUUUAAAAAUAAUUUAAGAGCUACACUAUAUCUGGCAGAUUCUCUAUUUUUCUUUUUUUUUCAAAUAAAUUUUUAGAAAAAGGUUUUUAGCUCAUCUGAGCUGAAGGCUCAAGUGAGCUUUUUUUGAUCACAAUUUGUCCGUGUCCGUCCGUCUUUCUGCCUAUAAACUUUUCACAUUUUCGACAUAUCCUCAUGAAUCACAAAACAAUUUUAACCAAACUUGGUACAAAGCAUCCUUGGGUGAAGGGGAGUUUGAAUUAAAUGAAGGACCAAGUCCCUUCACAAGGGGGGUAAUCAAGAAAAGACAAAAAAGGGUGGGAUCAUUAAAAAAUCUUCUUCUCAAGAACCACUGGGCCAGAAAAAAUUAAACUUAUGUGGAGGCAUCCUGGGGUAGUUUAGAUUCUAAAUUGUUAAAAUCUGGCAAAUAAUGAACCCCGGGGGUUGGGCGGGGCCAAAAUAGGGAUUUUACAUAGAAAUAUAAAGGAGAAAACUUUAAAAAUCUUAAUCUUCUUAAGAACCACUGGGCCAGAAAAGCUGAAACUUAUGUGGAAGCAUCCUGGUAUAGUGUAGAUUCUAAAUUGUUCAAAUCAUGACCCCCUGGGGUAGGACAGGGCCACAAUAGGGAAUCAAGGUUUUAC